AUGGAUCCUUACAAGUAUCGGCCAGCGAGCUCAUACAACUCUCCAUUCUUCACCACAAACUCUGGUGCUCCUGUAUGGAACAACAAUUCCUCCAUGACCGUUGGACCCAGAGGUCCUAUCCUUUUGGAGGAUUACCAUCUUGUGGAAAAGCUUGCGAAUUUCGACAGGGAGAGGAUUCCAGAGCGUGUGGUUCAUGCCAGAGGAGCCAGUGCAAAGGGGUUCUUUGAGGUGACUCAUGAUAUAUCUAACCUCACUUGUGCCGACUUCCUCAGAGCUCCGGGUGUUCAGACUCCGGUCAUUGUUCGUUUCUCCACCGUUAUCCAUGAGCGUGGAAGUCCCGAGACCUUGAGAGACCCUCGUGGCUUUGCAGUCAAGUUCUACACCAGAGAGGGGAACUUUGAUCUCGUUGGAAACAACUUCCCGGUGUUCUUCAUCCGCGACGGGAUGAAGUUCCCUGACAUGGUCCACGCUCUUAAGCCAAACCCGAAGUCUCACAUCCAAGAGAACUGGAGAGUCCUCGACUUCUUCUCCCACCACCCUGAGAGCUUGAACAUGUUCACUUUCCUCUUCGAUGAUAUCGGUAUCCCGCAAGACUACAGGCACAUGGAAGGAUCAGGCGUCAACACUUACAUGCUGAUCAACAAAGCCGGCAAGGCUCACUACGUGAAGUUCCACUGGAAACCAACCUGUGGAGUCAAGUCUCUCUUGGAAGAAGACGCGAUCCGCGUUGGAGGAACCAACCACAGUCACGCGACUCAGGACUUGUACGACUCCAUCGCUGCUGGUAACUACCCUGAGUGGAAGCUCUUUGUCCAGAUUAUUGAUCCAGCUGAUGAGGACAAGUUCGACUUUGACCCGCUCGAUGUCACCAAGACCUGGCCUGAGGAUAUCUUGCCUCUGCAACCAGUUGGGCGUAUGGUGUUGAACAAGAACAUUGACAACUUCUUUGCUGAGAACGAGCAGCUUGCCUUCUGUCCUGCAAUCAUUGUUCCAGGGAUACACUACUCUGACGACAAGCUGCUUCAGACCCGUAUCUUCUCCUACGCUGACACUCAGAGACACCGUCUUGGACCAAACUACCUUCAGCUACCAGUCAACGCCCCCAAAUGCGCUCACCACAACAACCACCAUGAGGGCUUCAUGAACUUCAUGCACAGGGACGAGGAGGUCAACUACUUCCCAUCGAGGUAUGACCCGGUUCGUCAUGCUGAGAAGUAUCCAGCUCCACCUGCUGUUUGCUCUGGGAAACGUGAGAGGUGCAUUAUUGAGAAAGAGAACAACUUCAAGGAGCCUGGAGAGAGAUACCGUUCCUUCCCACCAGAGAGGCAAGAACGAUUCAUCAAAAGAUGGAUUGAAGCCCUAUCCGACCCUCGCAUCACACAUGAAAUCCGCAGCAUCUGGAUCUCUUACUGGUCUCAGGCUGAUAAGUCACUGGGACAGAAGCUGGCGAGCCGUCUGAACGUGAGACCAAGCAUCUAA